AUGGAAACAUCUAUAUUGGAAUUACCAAAUGAAUUAAUUGAAAUAAUUAUUUUUUAUAUUAUUGGUCGACCGUGGAAAAAUGAUGUACAUGAUUUUCUUUCAUUUACAUCAACUUGUCGAUAUUUUCGACGAUUUAUUCAAGAUGAAAGAUAUUGGCGAAUAAUGACCUUACGUCGUGAUCCUACAUGUGAAAAAACUUCGGAGACAAUAAAAUGGUUUGAACAUUGUAAACAAAUCUAUUGUCAACGAACAAUAUCCGGUGAUGAACUUAAACAAUGUAUAAGUCGAUAUAAUGAUAAUUAUUUUUGUACAAUAGAAAAAAUUUUUAUUUGGCCAAAUAAAAUUCGUGUAUAUAUUGAUGAACAUGGUGAUGAGUCUUUUGGUAAUAUUCGAGAUCCAACAAAUUCAAUAAUAGCACUUGUUGAUAAUAAUUUUCCUAUUUAUAGUCGACCAAUUGGCAUAAGAACUAAUCAUAGUAAAUUUUCAAUUGCAAAUGAACGAUCUGAACAUUUAGGUUAUUUGGAUUUUCCAUACAGCAUUUCAUUAAAUAGUAUUGGAAAAAAUCUCAUUUUUCAAUAUGGUAUUUCAGGUUAUACUAAUGCAAUACUUUUUCAUAUUGAUCGAACAUUUAUUAAUAAAUAUAAUCUCGUACCAUUAUUCAGAAAAUUGAAAAAAAUUCCAAAACAUUCAGUUUUAUUUAGAACAAAAAGUAUUUGA